AUGAUGGCAACGGUAGAAGAGAAAGGCUUUGCAGAUGGAAGAGACGAUUACACACAAGAUGGGACUGUAGAUCUCAAAGGUAGACCUGUUUUAAGAUCAAAGAGUGGAGGAUGGAAAGCUUGUUCCUUCAUUGUAGGAUAUGAAGUCUUUGAGAGGAUGGCAUAUUAUGGGAUAGCAUCAAACCUAGUGCUAUAUUUGACAAAAGAGCUCCAUGAAGGCACUGUAAAAUCUUCAAACAAUGUCACCAACUGGGUUGGUACUGUAUGGAUGACACCCAUUUUAGGUGCAUACAUCGCAGAUACUUUUCUUGGCCGAUACUGGACUUUCGUCAUUGCUUCAGCAAUUUAUCUCGUGGGAAUGUUCCUCUUAACCCUAGCAGUCUCAGUGCCAGCAUUAAGACCACCAUCUUGUGGCCAUGGUGUUAAAGAAGAAGAUUGCACUAAAACGGCGUCAUCUUUGCAAGUGGGUAUUUUCUAUUGUGCCUUGUAUAUAAUAGCUGUUGGGACAGGUGGAACCAAACCCAACAUUUCAACCAUGGGGGCAGAUCAGUUUGAUGACUUUGAUACCAAGGAAAGGACUCAAAAGCUCUCCUUCUUUAAUUGGUGGAUGUUUAGCAUUUUCUUUGGCACUCUCUUCUCCAACACUUUUCUGAUAUACAUACAAGACAAUGUGGGGUGGAGCCUUGGUUAUGGCCUCCCAACAAUUGGGCUCUUGGUUUCAGUUUUGGUUUUCUUGGUAGGCACUCCAUUUUAUAGGCACAAAGUUCCUUCAGAGAGUCCUACAACUAAAAUAGUCAAAGCUCUUGUGGCUGCAAUAAGGAAAUGGCAGGUUCCUGUCCCCAAUGACCCAAAAGAGCUUCAUGAGCUGAGCUUGGAAGAUUACUCCAAAAAUGGGAAAUUCAGAAUUGAGUACACCCCUCUCUUAAGAUUCCUUGACAAAGCAGCAGUAAAGAAAGGGUCAAGCUCACCAUGGCUGCUAUGCCCAGUGACCCAAGUAGAAGAAACCAAGCAAAUGGUGAAAAUGAUUCCUAUUUUGAUUGCGACUUUCGUACCAAGCGCCGUAAUAGCCCAAGUAGGUACACUUUUCAUCAAACAAGGCACCACCCUGGACAGGAGCGUUGGUCCUAAUUUCAAAAUCCCACCAGCAUGCCUCACAGCUUUUGUAACCAUCUUCAUGCUGCUCAGCAUUCCAAUCUAUGACCGCUACUUUGUCCCAACAGUAAGGCGCUACACGAAGAACCCUAGAGGAAUUACAUUGCUGCAGAGACUAGGGAUUGGCCUUGUGUUGCAUGUCAUUAUCAUGGUCACAGCUUGCUUGGCUGAGAGAAAGAGACUCAGUGUUGCAAGAGAAAAUCACAUGUUUGACAAACAUGAUACAGUUCCCCUUACUAUUUUCAUUCUCCUCCCUCAGUAUGCAUUGACAGGGGUUGCUGAUGCCUUUGUGGAAGUUGCAAAGUUGGAGUUUUUCUAUGAUCAAGCUCCAGAAGGCAUGAAAAGCCUAGGUACCUCAUAUUUCACUAGCAGCUUGGGGAUUGGACACUUUCUCAGUAGUUUUCUUUUAACAACAGUUUCUGAUAUCACAAAGAGAAAUGGCCACAAGGGUUGGAUUUUGGACAAUAUAAAUGUCUCUCAUUUAGACUACUAUUAUGGUUUCCUGGCAAUCCUGAGCUUUCUCAACCUCUUCUUUUUUCUGCUCGUCGCAAGGUUGUUUGUUUAUAAUAAUGACGUGACAGAAUCCGAGAGGGGCUUGGCAAUGGAAGCUUCAGUACCGAGCAAAGCUUCAUCUCAAGAUAAUGAAGUCUUGAAGAAAGGAAUAAGCUGAUAAAAGUGUUUGUAUAUUGCUUGCUUUUCACAAUUAAAUACAAUCCAUUACAAGGGUACCUUACAGAAGUUUUACCCGCAA